AUAAUUGCACAAGAUGGACACAAUGAUUUUCCAUACAUCAUCCGAGGAUGGUACCUGAAUCAAGUCAACGGUGCAGACUUCACGAUUGAGAAAAUGCCAAUUGGGCAAACCGAUAUCCAGCGUAUGCGCGAUGGCCAAGUUGGAGGACAGUUUUGGAGUGCAUAUGUUCCCAGGCCACUCAACAAAUUCGACUCUAGUGAAGAGAAUUUGCUCUGCCUACAACGCACGCUACAACAGAUUGAUCUCAUCCACUUGAUGAUCGAAAAAUCGCCGGAUCAUCUUGCCAUCGCGGAAUCUGCCACUGAUGUCAUGCCAAUAUUCAAGUCGGGGAAAAUUGUUAGCCUUCUAGGUAUAGAAGGACUGCACCAGACUGCAUAUAGUGCAAGUGCACUGCGCAUGUUUCACCGAUUAGGCGUCCGGUAUGCCACGCUCUCGCAUAAUCACAAUAAUCACUGCGCAGAUUCGGCCACUGGUUGUUCCGAGUUCAACGGUGGUUUAUCGGAUCUCGGAAAAGAUAUGCUGCGAGAGAUGAAUCGGAUUGGCAUGAUCAUCGAUCUGUCGCACACUUCUACAGAAACUCAGAAGCAAGCUCUGGCAAUAUCGAGAGCUCCAGUUAUAUUCUCUCACUCAUCUUGCUACACGUUAUGUGCACAUCCGCGCAACACUACGGACGAUGUACUACAUUUACUCAAAGCGAAUGGUGGCGUGAUAAUGAUAUGUUUUCUUCGUGAACUGAUCGCCUCGGUCCCCGCCGAAGCGACACUCUCUCGAACUGUAGACCAUAUUAUUCAUGUAGGUGAGGCUAUCGGUUACGAGCACGUAGGCAUCGGCUCAGACUUCGAUGGUAUGCUACGGGGUCCCGAUGGACUUGAAGACACAACACGUUAUCCCUACCUUGUUGCCGAGUUGCUCCAGAGAGGAGUGACUGAGGCUGACGUUAAAAAUAUUGUGGGACUCAAUGUUCUGAGAGUCUUUCAUGAGAACGAGAGAAUCUCGCGAGCAAUGAAGGAAAGAGGUGCCUUUCUUGCGCUGGAUAUGAUUGAACCGUUGUGGGAAGAUGACAUAAAAGUGCAACUGAGGGAAGAGCGAGCUCGGGUGCGCGCAUUGCAUGGGAGAAAGUCUGAAUAG